AUGUUUUAAAAACUCUUCCUCAAAUAAUUCCUCUAUCUUAAAUUAUUGAAGGACUCUUUGGUUUCACUCAAGAUGAUCCAGUAUACAUACUUUAUUUGAAAGGAACCAAAAGGUUAGAUACUUCUAAUUGUAAGUAAUAAAAGUUUGAGAUAUUUAGAUGAACAAAAGGGAAAGGGUUUAGGUAAAUGAUAAUUAAAUAUAGCUAAACUUGUAUAUUAAGAAAAAAAAUCAAAACAAAGGAAUAAAAAUACAAAAAUGCUAGUUAAGUUGAAGACACUAGAAUCUGAUUUCACGAAGGGAAACAGCAAAAUGAAAUUAUAUUUUUAUCAAAUUAAAUUUAAAAUGUGA